AUGUUGUCUUUAUUAACAUUACUGUUGCUAACUUAUGGUGUUCUUUCUCAAUCUACAGAAGAAAACAAUACAUCAUCAUCGUUUACUAAUGAUACUAAUGUAGAAGAGUAUGUUCCUCCCCCAUUUACUCCCAAUGAGAAAGACUCUAUUCCAAGAAAUAGAGCAAAACAUCCAGUCUUGUUCACUGGAAAGACUCCAAAGGGGUUUCUGAAUUUUUGUGAAUCUCCAGACGGAUUCAAUUUAACAAGAGACAUCACAAAAGAUUGUUUUUAUAAACCAUAUGUCGAGUCGGUAGCACUUCCUUCCCUUUUUAUGUUAGUAGUCAUUAUAGUACUUACUUUGGUUAUAUAUGUACUAUCAUGUGCUAGAUGUUGUUUUGGGCCAUGUUGUGUAGCUAAGCAUGGCUGUAUAUGUCCUAAAGAUGAGAAGUCAUAUGGUAAUAUGCAGUGGUGUUCUUUCAUAGUGAUUAAUGUCGUGGUAUUCACUUUAUUGGUUCCAUUCAUUGUACUUGGAAUAUUUGGCAAUUCAAAGACAACAGUAGCCUUCAAGUCUUUUGGAAAUACACUCUUUGACACAUACGACCAAAUUAAAAACAUCUUCGACCAAACUACAGAAGCUUUUGUUUCAAUUGAUCUUGAACCAUUGAAACAGACUGUACCAAAUUUGGACACUUCUAUAUUUGACCAAACAAAAGAAGCAUUAAAUUCACUAAAUAAACAAGUUCGUACAAUCGAUGGUACUGUUAAUUUGGGUCGAAAGUAUAUUUCAAGUGUUUACAUAGCAAGAGAAGCUCUUGUUGAUGUCAUUUUACUCCUUCCAAUCAUAUGUAUUGUCCUCUACUUCAUUGGAGCAAUUUGUAAAUGCCAUUUCUUGACAAUUCCUAUGUUCCCUACUGCAAUUGUAUUUGCAGUACUUUCGAUGAUAUUGGUAGCUAUUGAAUAUCCAAUGGUCACAGUUACGUCAGACGUCUGCACUUAUAUGAUCGACGAAAUGAGUCCUGAAAAACAAACUGGAAGUAGUCAACUGGAACAAGUCUUUCAAAUUGUUAGAAAUUGUCAAAACUCCACUUUACAGAAUAUGACUGAUUCUUUCGAAACAGUUCAAAAAGACAUUAUAAAAACUGCUUUGGACUUCUAUGGUCAAAUAUGUACUGAUGAAAUUGUGAAUACUGGUGACUUUGUGAAGUAUGAUGAAAAAUUCACUUGUACAGGAGUUACAAAUAACAAUACGGCUUGUGUAGCUGGUUUAAAUCAAACGAUUGAAGCUACUACAAAUCCAAUGUAUUGCCCAAGAGACCCACAAGUCGAUUCUUUUGAUGGUAUUUUGAAGUUAAUGGAUUCCAUCUUCAUCAAGAACUUCAUGUACUAUUUUAUCGACGGUUCUAAAACGGAUCAAAGUGCUUUACUUCAACCAGUUAGAUGCGAGUUCCCAGCUUGGCAAAAUUCCACCGAAGCCAUAGAUAAGAAAUAUAUCAUUACUCCAAUUGCUUGUAAAUAUCCAAGCAACAUUACCAUCAACAACUGCGACACUGAAUGUCCAGAGAACUUUAAGAAUUACAGUACAAACAUCAAGAAUUUGAAAUCAGUUGCCGACUCCUUAGUAUCAAUCAUCAACUUAAUCAAUCAAGAGGUGUUACCUUUAAUCAAGUGUCCAUCCAUCAAUCGACUUCUAACUAAUCUCAAAGAAGCCACUUGUUAUGAAUUGAUCUCAGUUGAACCUCCUUUGAUGAUUGGUCUUCUUGGGUAUUCAGCAGUUCUAUUGUUAAUCUUUGUCGUUGGGUUACUCUCCAUCAAGCGGUUUAAAAAGAGCAAUUACGACUAUGUGGACGACAACCCAAAAUAUUUCAGUGAAAACGAAAUGCUAGAAGUUCAUGGUUAA